CUGCUUUGGCUAUGUGCACACUCAGCGCCCUUGGUCAGUGACCCGGGUCUCGCCACCGUGCGUAAGUGGGAGAUGACCAAUAGCUCUGGACCCUGGUGGGUGAAUGCCGCUGUGACAGUGAGAAAUGCGGACGCACAGCUUCAUCUGAUCCCCCUCCUUUGGUGGUGGGUGUUAACGGAACCUAUUUGGGAGCUGAGCUUAUGGCAGGACCACAAUAAAGCUUUAAGAACCUGUACAUUAGAAUUCCGGCCGUAAUUAUGAAGCCUGACUGGAAAGAACUGUGACUGCCACCACCCACUGUCGGCACCGAACUCGCAGGCAGCAGCAGCCGGUUCUGGAGCAGGGUGGGCCUUAGGUUCCUCUGCCUACGCAACCUUCAAUAAAUCAAGGACAGGUGUCUUUGCUUGCGACCCCGCCCCAGUCUAGACUACUGGGACCCCCAGCUCGGAGCGGAAAGGGGACCGAAAAGCUUUCUGUGGAGGGCAACCCUUCGUGACCGCGCCUCCCUCUGUUACUCCUACAUUUCCUGCAACCACUGAACUCAGCUGGGGGAACACGCCUGACCGGUAGUCUUAAGCGCCAACUGUGAGACAGAAAAGAGAUAUUGGUGCAACCCCGCCCCUUCCGCUACCACUCUUGGUCCGUUUGGAUUCCGCCCCUUCCUCCGUCCGACCCCGCCUUCUUCCGCCGCGGGCUCUCCAUAUCCCGGAUCCCGACGCUUUUCUGAGCGCAGUCCUAUAUCGAAGUUCCCGCACGUGGGGGACCUUGAGCGCGAUGCCGCGCGCGCCCCGUUGCCCGGCCGUGCGCUCUCUGUUGCGCAGCCAAUACCGCGAGGUCCUGCCGCUGGCAAUCUUCUUGCGGCGCCUGGGGCUUGAGGGCAGUAAACUUGUACAACCCGGGGACCCAAAGGCCUUCUGCAUGUUGGUGGCCCACUGCCUAGUGUGUGUGCCCUGGGGCUCGCAGCCUCCACCUGCUGGCCUUUCCUUCCACCAGGUGUCAUCCCUGAAGGAGCUGGUGGCCCGAGUCGUGCAGAGACUCUGCGAGAAAGGCGAGAGGAACGUGCUGGCUUUUGGUUCCGCAGUGCUUAACGGGCCCCAAGGUGGGCCUCCCAUGGCCUUCUCAACCAGUGUGCGCAGCUACUCGCCCAACUCGGUGACUGAUAGUCUGCGAGUCAGUGGUGCCUGGAUGCUUCUGCUGAGCCGAGUGGGCGACGACCUACUGGUCUACCUGCUGGAGAGCUGUGCUCUCUACCUGCUGGUGGCCCCGAGCUGUGCCUAUCAGGUGUGCGGCCCACCUCUGUACCAAGUCUGUGCCACUGCGAAUACCAGGCUCGCUGUGCCCCUCAGCUACAGGCCCACACGACCAGUGGGUAGGAAUUUUACUAAUCUUGGAUCCACACACUGGGUCAGGAACAGCAGUCACCAGGAAGCAUGGAAACCCCUGGUCUUGCCAUCUCGAGGUGCGAAAUGGCAUCUCAGCAUCACCGAUAAAAGUGUGCCUUCAUCUAAGAAGGCCAGGCGUGAUCUGGCCCUGAGACUGGAGAAGGGACCUGACAGGCAAGCAGUUCCAACCACAUCAGACCCAAGGUCUGCCGAGACCCCCACGGUGCCUACUAGUAGAGCUACCAAGGAAGACUUGUCUUCCAGAGGAAAGGCGCCUGGCCUGAGUCUCUCUGGGUCAGUGUGCUCUAAGCACAAGUCCAGUUCCACAUCCCCGCAGUCACCACUAUGCCAAGAAGCCUUUCAGCUCAGACCAUUUACUGAGACCAAACGCUUCCUCUACUCCAGGGGAGGUGACCGAGAGAGGCUGCACCCCUCGUUUCUACUCAACAACCUCCAGCCAAGCUUGACUGGGGCCAGGAGACUGGUGGAGAUCAUCUUUCUAGGUGUGAGGCCUGGACCGCUCUGUGGGACACGCCGCCUCUCAAGGCGCUAUUGGCAGAUGCGGCCCCUAUUCCAGCAGCUGCUUGUGAACCAUGCAAGGUGCUCAUAUGUCAAACUCCUCAAGUCACAUUGCAGGUUUCGGGCAGCAACCGACCAGGUGGCAGAUGCCCUGGACGCCAGCCCAUCGCACCUCGUUGAUUUGCUCCGCCUACACAACAGUCCCUGGCAGGUAUAUGGUUUUCUGCGGGCCUGUAUCCGAAAGCUGGUGCCUUCAGGUCUCUGGGGUACCAGGCACAACGAGCGCCGCUUCUUUAAGAACGUGAAGCAGUUCAUCUCCUUGGGGAAGUAUGGCAAGCUCUCACUGCAGGAGCUGAUGUGGAAGAUGAAAGUAGAGGACUGCCUCUGGCUUCGCAGCAGUCCAGGAAAGAACCGUGUCCCAGCUGAAGAGCACCGUAUGAGGGAAAGGAUCCUGGCUAUGUUCCUGUUCUGGCUGAUGGACACAUACGUGGUAGAGCUGCUUAGGUCAUUCUUUUACAUCACAGAGACCACAUUCCAGAAGAACCAGCUCUUCUUCUACCGUAAGAGUGUGUGGAGCAAGCUGCAGAGCAUUGGAGUCAGGCAACACCUUGAGAGAGUACAGCUGCGGGAGCUGUCGCAAGAGGAGGUCAGGCGGCACCUGGAGGCCUGGCCAGCCAAUCCCAUCUGCAGACUGCGUUUCAUCCCCAAGCCCAAUGGUCUCAGGCCCAUUGUGAACAUGAGUUUUAGCAUGGGCACCAGAGCCUUUGGCAAAGAGAAGCAGGCCCAGCAUUUUAACAAACGUCUCAAGACUCUGUUCAUCGUGCUCAACUAUGAACGGAAAAAACAUCCUAACCUUCUGGGGGCUUCUGUACUGGGCUUGAAUGACAUCUACAGGACCUGGCGGACAUUUGUGCUGCGUGCGCGCGCUCUGGACCCGGCACCCAGGAUGUACUUUGUUAAGGCAGAUGUGACUGGGGCAUAUGAUGCCAUCCCCCAGGACAAGCUUGUGGAGGUUGUUGCCAAUAUGAUCAGACACUCAGAGAACAUGUACUGUAUCCGCCAGUAUGCAGUGGUCCAAAAAGGUUGCCAAGGCCAAGUCUACAAGUCCUUUAGGAAACAGGUCUCCACCCUCUCCGACCUCCAGCCAUACAUGGACCAGUUCGUGAAGCACCUACAGGGCUCAGAUGGCAGUGUGCUGCGAAACUCCAUUGUCGUUGAGCAGAGCUUCUCUUUGAGCGAGGCCAGCAGCAACCUGUUUGACUUCUUCCUGCACUUUAUGCGUAACAAUGUCAUGAAGAUUGGUGGCAAGUGCUAUGUCCAGUGCCAGGGCAUCCCCCAGGGCUCCAGCCUGUCCACCCUGCUCUGCAGUCUGUGUUUCGGAGACAUGGAGAACAAGCUGUUUGCCGAGGUGCAGCAAGAUGGGCUGCUUUUACGUCUUGUUGAUGACUUUCUGUUGGUGACACCUCACCUGGACCAGGCGAAAUCCUUCCUCAGGGCCCUGGUCCGUGGCAUUCCUGAGUACGGCUGCAUGAUAAACUUGCAGAAGACAAUGGUGAACUUCCCUGUGGACAGUGGUGCCCUGGAUGGUGCAGCUCCACACCAGCUGCCUGCUCACUGCCUGUUUCCCUGGUGUGGCUUACUGCUGGACACUCAGACUCUGGAGGUGUUCUGUGACUACUCUAGUUACUCCCGGACCUCAAUUAAGGCCAGCCUCACCUUCCAGAGUGUCUCCAAGGCUGGGAGGAAAAUGCGACAGAAGCUCUUAGCUCUUUUGCGGUUGAAGUGUCAUGGUCUGUUUCUAGACUUGCAGGUGAACAGCCUCCAGACGGUCUGCAUCAACGUGUACAAGAUCUUCCUGCUUCAGGCCUACAGGUUCCAUGCAUGUGUGCUUCAGCUCCCCUUUGACCAGCAUGUUAGGAAGAACCCCGCAUUCUUCCUGGACAUCAUAUUCAGAAUAGCAUCCUGCUGCUACUCCAUCCUGAAGGUCAAGAAUGCAGGAAUGACACUAAGGAUCAAGGGAGCCUCUGGCUCAUUUCCUCCUGAAGCUGCUCGUUGGCUCUGCUACCAAGCUUUCUUGCGCAAGCUGGCUGGUCAUUCUGUCAUCUACAAGCGUCUCCUGGGAACUCUCAGGACAACCCAAAGACAGCUAGGCCGGAAGCUCCCAAGGACGACAAUGGCCAUCCUUAAGGCUGCAGCUGAUCCAGCCCUAAGCACAGACUUUCAGACCAUUUUGGACUAACCCUGUCCCCUUUAGCUGGAUGAACAUGGGCAUUGUAGCCCCACCACUCCUAGAUCCAUGCCACAAGAGGGACCAGCCUGUUGUGGGGCUAGGUUGCCCUCCAAAACCUCUGUGUCAUGGGGUGGUAGUAUGGAAGUUUGUCCCAGUGCCCUGUUUCCUGUGGUGGGCUUGAUUUCCUUCCUGAUGCCCUCCAGGAAGCAGAUCCCACCCCUUUUAGUGUCAAGGAUCCACUAGUCACCAACACCAAAGGAGGUAGAAGACGUAUGGGCACUGGGACCAUGUGGACAGGUGUGAGAUGCCUGGCCCUGGUGUCUUUUCAUAUCUAACCAUGGAGUCUUUUCCAGUGGGGUCAGAGUGUCUCAGAGAUGAAGACAGGACUUUGAACCAGUAACCUAAAUUACAGCCUAAAUAUACUCUGAAUUCAGGUGACUGAAUGUCUUGUUACUUUUGCUGUUGUUGUUGUUAUUUUAGUUUUUGCUGUCCUAGAACUCGUUCUCUAGACAAUAUUUUCCAUAAAGGUGCAACAGGGGCAUGCAUGUCUUGGCAGUAACCAGCAGCUGUCUAAUUUGUUUCAAAGCCCACUCAACAGGAGUACUGGAAUUUAGCCAACUCUCUGGGGUUAGUGAGGCUAUGGGUCUAAGAAGAACUUAAUUUGGCCAUUUUGCUAAACCAGCAUAAUUUCUAACUGCUUGCUAAGUAUGUAUCCUUACACCCAUAGAUAAGUGUAGUGCUCACCCCUCCCUCAUCAAAGAACGUUUGCAACAGAUAGGUAACAUUACAGAAAUCCACAACUAGAUGAAUGCUGAAAACAAGUGAUCAUGGAGUACCCAGCCCCAGUGGAUUCCUCUACAACACAACCUCUGUUGUAACCUAAGACUUAGGGAACAUAAUGAAUGAGGGGACAGGAAGACUGUAAGAGCCAGAGGACCAAAUAAACUGAGAUUUUUGUCUCCUAGAAAUGGCAGGGUGGCUACACCCAUGAUACCUCAACAUAUGGCUACCUAAACAAGAGCUGAACAAAAACAUCAAUAUACACGGUUCUUCCUUGCUCUGGCUCCAGGGUGGAGCAGACAGCCUCAAGCUCUGUUCAGAGUCAAGUUGGAAUGUGCAGGUGGGUGGGGAAAAUACAGGAUAAGGCCAUAGGAGUAUAAUCCAAGGUAUGAGCGAGGAUAUGGGGUAUGCUGAAGGGUAGCAAUCUCUGGGCGCCUCUGGUGAAUCUGGCCUGGGCCUUACCCCUGCUUUUGUGCCAUGGGCCCCUACAGUAAGGAGUUUGUAGGAACACCUAGGAUGAGUUUGUCCUCAGACAGGCAGCCAGGGCCCUCCUGUCUACUCUGUUGAAGUACCACCUGUCCCUGCAGACCAGCACAGCAGCUCCCUCAAGAGAGAAGUCAGCUCUCAGUAGAGCUAGACAAAAGCCAUUCAACAGACAGCCUGAGGCUAACAUAGGGAGCAGGAAGACCAGCAUAAAGGGCAUAGAGAUGUAAAGAACAGCUCCCCACCUCCCUGCCCCCAGCUUCCAAAUGGACUGACUGAGCUGGAUUCACUGAGCUCUUAGUCACAACCAAUUAGCUUUGAGCAAUUCUGGAAGCUUCUGGGAUAUCAUUGGUGGGACCAGAGAAACUGUACCUUGGACAGGGCUCUCAGCCCCAGCGCUGAUGCAGCCUAAUUGGCCCCAGCUGGCCUUAUGACAGUGCCUUGUUCAUCCUGCUGCCUUUUAGUGCAUCCAAGUGACUAAGCCGAAGGCAUUUACAGCAGAGCCAAGUCCAGGGAGUGGAUCAUAAAUGCACCCAGGCUCCUGGAACUUCCAUAUGGAGGGUGUAUGUUUGGGGAUCUUGACAGCCAGCCUGCUGGAACCAACCCAGUCCCAGGGCAGAGGACACUCAGUAACGGGAUUAAAAUAGGGUUGGGAAAUCCCAGGAUCCAAGGUCAUACAUAGCUCAACAGGAGACUAGAAAUCUUCCGCCUGGGCUGGGCACACUCAGGCCUCUCCGGUGUGCCAGUAACAUCAUGUCAUCAGCCAAUCCACUAGGUGCUAGCAUCUUAUCUCUAGCCAUGUUCAUCUAGUUCCAGCUCUCCUCAAGACCACUUGUAUUCCUGCCAAAUUGUUAAGCCCUCGCUAAAGGUUCAUGUCCUAAUGGGCCCCAACUCAUGAGUUGCUGAGUUCUUUCUUCAGUUACUGUGGAGACUGCCAGGUCCGCCCUGGGGGAAACAAAACCGGCGAAGUUAAAAGGCAAUGGGAUCUGAGCUGAAACUUAUUGGUGUGGUGGUGGUGUGUGUUCCCUUGCAAGUGUAGAACCCCUGUGAGGAAGUCAGGUGUGAUGGUGCAUGCCUGUAACCCCAGAACUGUCAAGGUGGAGACAAAUGUAUCCUUGGGGCUCCCUGGAUGCCUAACCUGCUUGGUGAGUUCUAGGCCAGUGAGAGACCCUAUCUAAAAAUCAAAUUAAAAAUAAUUUUUUAAAUGGGGAUGGCUCCUGAGAAAGGACACUUAAGAUCGUUCUCUGACCUCUGCAAACAUGCAUACAGAAUCAGAGAAGAACAGGAAUGAGAAGGAUUUGAGCAUGAGAAAGCAAUGUCAAUGGAACCAGUCAUAAGCUUCCUACAGGAUAAGAGUUCCUUCUUGCCCUUCUCUGGACACCCACACACUGGGCUCAAUACUCGGUACCUAUAAUGAUGUUCACCUGUGAAGGAUAUCAUAGAACUAAAGGGAGUUCCUAAAACUGGAUGGACUGCAGGAACCUAGAGACAGGAGCUGAUGCAGAGGCCAUGAAGAGUGCUGCUUACUGGCUUGCUCUGACAGCUUUCUCAGUCUGUUUUACUAUAGAACCAAGACUAUCAGCCCAGGGGUGUCCCCACCCACAAUGGAGUGGGUCCUCCCACAUCAAUCACUAAUUAAGAAAAUGCCCUACAGGCUUGCCUACAGCCCAGUUGUAUGGAUGAAUUUUCUUUUCUUUUUUUCAGUUUUUCAAGGCAGGGUUUCUCUGUGUAGCCAUGGCUGUCCUAGAACUCUCUGUAGCCCAGGCUGGCCCUGGACUCACAGAGAUCUACCUGCCUCUGCUUCCUGAGUGCUGGGAUUAAAGGUGUGUGUCACCAGCAGCCAGCUGGAUGAAUUUUCUUAAUUGAGGUUACCUUCCCUCAAAUGAUUUUCACUUGUGUCAAGUUGACAUAAGCCGAGCACACUUAUGGUAAGCAGAAAAAUGACAACAAAGAGGUGUUGGUCCCCAGAAACUGACUACGCUACCUGAUCAUGAAAUGUGGCUAUGGUUACAGAUGGAGUGAAGAUCUGUUGACCUGAAGAUAUGAAUCAUCCUGUUUAUCUGGGUGGGUCUGAGAUCAUCACAGGGGUCAGUAAGAGGGAAUGCUGAGUAGAAUUGGGUUGUAGAAAAACUAAACCAGCCACUGCAGUCUUUGAGCUGGAGGAAAAGGCCAAGUGCAGUAAUGAAGGCACUAUCAACCAGACUAGCUAAGGACAGGUGCUGCCCAGCACGCCUCAACCAUGGCCCAGUGAGACCCGAUUCACACUCUGGGCCUCCGAGGCAGUAAGAGUACAGGUAUGUUUAGGAAUAGCUUCUGAUGUUCAGGAAUUUGUUAUGGAAACAAGUGAGGAGACAAACUCAGGACUUGUUCUCAGGAUCUGGGGACCAGUGUGAAGACCUGUGGCAGGAGACACGGACAGGAGUGAAACAAGAUUAACAUGGGAAAGAAGCCAUUUUGCAGAGGAAGUCUGGAGUCCUUCACUUGAACUUUUUCUCAGGAAUGGAUCAUGUUCAGUGAUACACAAACUUGGGAGAGCUGUGUGCUCUCCCUUUCAUAGCAAGCUGUCUCUCUAUUUCCAGCCACAUAUUCCUGAAGCAAUCCUAGAAUCAAAUACCCACAAAUUCAGAUCUGCAGUUUGACACCUCUAAACAUGCUUUCCCUGAUAGUCUGGGCUUUUUCUGUUUCUCUACAUCCAUACCUAGUUUCAAAGGCAUAACUUCUUCACCUCCCCUCCUCUGGCAGCUGCUUGGAUUUUCUUCUUGCUUGUAUUGUUUUUCCUCUCAAACUUUAAUAAAAAAUGUCCUCAAGCUGC